GUGCCGCACAAGAUGGAAUCAACUACUGCCAAAGGUACCAUCAUCGUCACGGGCGCCAACGGCGGUCUUGGAAGUGCUAUCACAAAGGAGAUUGUUUCCAAGCCCGAGUUCUCAGCAUACUAUGGCCUCUACCUUGUCCGAGAUGCGGCGUAUGCGCCUGCGCUCGAUUCCGUGCUCGCCACUAGCUCAAAGCAUCCUCACGAAGCUCUCUCGAUAGACCUAACCGAUCUCGAUAGUGUCCGCAAAGCUGCUGAAGCUAUCAACCUGCGAGUUUCAGAGGGUAAGAUUCCCCAGAUAAGAGCUCUGGUCCUCAAUGCUGGAUUCCAGGAUUUCGGUAAACAGACCUGGACGAAGGAUGGAUUCGAUACCACGUUCAGCGUCAAUUAUCUGGGACACUGGCUCUUGACGCUACUCUUGCUGAAGAGCAUCGAUAGGGAUGCCGGCAGAAUCGUGAUAGUCGGCAGUCAGGCUCAUGAUCCUAAUGACAAGCGGAAUGACUCCAGCAAAGCUUUCAUCGACGACAAAUACAACCCUAUGAUCCGCGACAAAGAUAAUUUUGAAGCAAUUGCCAAGGGAAAAUGGAGUUCUGCGAUAGAGGACACGACCUGGCGCAGCGGAUUCCGUCGUUACGGUGCGGCCAAGCUCUGCUUGACUAUGAUGAUGCACGAGCUCCAGCACCGCAUGAACACAGAUCCUCAGUUAAAGAGCGUGUGCAUCUUGGGAGUCGACCCAGGCGCCAUGAGUACUGGCUUACAGCGUCAUGCAUCGUGGUUCAUCCGCGUGCUGCUAUUCCAGAUCGUAUUACCUCUUACAUUGCUCUUGAUGUCAAAGCCGCCCUUGCGCCCAACCCAGAAGUCAGCAUCACAUAUCUUGCAGGCGGCUUUCGAUUCAAAUGAGGUCCUAGGCCAGUACCCUAAGGAUCUGUAUUUCAAUGGUGAUGAGCCGCUGGAAACGAGCGAGGAGUCGAGGGAUGCCCAGAAGAGAGAGCUUGUGUGGAAAGAAAGUGUACGUUAUACACAACUGAAAGAGGGAGAGACUGUCCUAGCUGCCUGGGAGUGAGGGUGGGAUUCAAGGAAGGCUCGAGGGUAGUUCAUUGCACUUGGGAACGCGUCAUCCGUUCAGGCCGAGUCAAGUGGUUUAAUUAAUAUCAAACUUUUAAUUGUCACUCAAAAGUCCCAUCGAGGACUUUAGUAUCACAGUGAUAAAAGAACUACAUCUGCUACUGAUACAUGCCAAUGCAUUUUCGAUACUUCUAGAUCAAGUAGGACUAGUAACAGGGGCUUCUUAUAGUUAGGUAUAUAGCCAGAAAGUCGUUUACUACAUAAAUACUA